CGGAAAGGCGGCGGCGCCGAGCGGGGGGGCGUGGCGGGGAUCACGGCCGUGCGCUGCGCAUCACUUCAUCUCCAGCCGUCAGCAGACGCAUCUCGUGUCCGUGUCGUGUCCGUGUCACCAUGUCCGUUAGUCCAAUUAACGACCCCGACGUGCUGCUGAUCCGCAUCACCACCCGCGAGGUCGCGGAGAUGGAUCGACUUUUGGAGGAAUCUUUGAACCCAAUCGAAGGUUUGCGGGAGCGCGCCGUCGCCGCGCGCGACUUUUUCCACGACUUGGAUGUCACUGAGGUCAUGAUCCUGGACGCGGCCGACGCGCUGGUGGAGUUGAGGGAGGGCCCUCCACCCCUCGUCCCCAUCGCGGAGGCCGCCGUCGUCGUCCCUCCAGCUCCAAAUCCGUAUGAGAUGAUCACGCCCGCCGUCGAGGACCUGCCCCCGUUGGUGGUCAUCGAGACUCCCGGUGUGCCGCCGCUCCCCGUCUUGGACAUCAGCGAGGAGGACUUUCAACCUGUAAGUAUGUGCAUUCUUGUUUUUUCGUAUUUUCUAGCUCCCCCCGGGUCUCCUGAUGGCGCCGUCGUUCAUGUGGAUGCAGAGGUCCGUCGCGGCUGUGUCCCUUUGUUGUGCUCAUCGUUGGCCUCGUACGGGAGGCCGGGCGGAGAGCUGGUGUCGUGUCCCUCCAGGUGCCGGUCAUGUCCUAGCUCCUCCGGGUGCCGCUGGUGAUGUCGCUCCUGCUGCGGGUCG